AUGGUUGGCCACAAUGUCGUCCAAGAUCCUGGCGAUGAGGAGGCUCAUGGCGAGCUUUGGUGGAUGAGGAUAGAGAAUGAGCCAGAGGAGGAUGAGUACAUUGACAGCGAUGAGUAUCAAAGCAGGAUUGUGAACAUGGCUCAUUUGAUCGCACUCUUGCUGGCGGCAUGUACCGUGACUGUUGCUGGAGCAAACGGAGCUUUUGGUUCUGGUUUUCCAGCCAACAUUGCCGGAACCUGCACGCCAGAACAGACAUGCAAUGGCCAAUGUCCCUGGACAGAAAGAAGCCAAGGACGCCCUCCUCUCUGCUUCUGUGACCAAGAUUGUCAAUUCUUCAACGAUUGCUGCAAAGACCACUCCCAAUGCAGUCGCUACAGGACAUUCGUCAGUAGCGCACAACCACAACCUUCAUCAAUAACAAACACCUCUGCAACUUACAGUUGUGUCAGCUUACAGAACUUUGUGGAUAAGAAGGAGUGGCAGAUCAUCAGCGCUGGAAGACCGGUCGAGAAGAUGCGACUUGGAUAUUACAUCAUCGCAACGUGUCCUACAUACAUAUCUUCGGACAUCGAUCGGAACUACCGCAAAAUGUGCGAAGAUGAAAACCGAGAUACAAUAUUGAACACCCCUGUGUAUGACCACCAGGGACUGACUUAUAAGAACAUGUUUUGCGCGCUCUGUAAUGGUUUGAGUAUUCAGAAUAUUAAAUCUUGGAACGUGGAGUUCUCUAAUUGCAACUCAUCAUUCAACAGUACUGGCCUAUGGACGGUAAAUUCUAAUGGGGGCCCUUCGGGUGGUUUUGCAGAAUGGGUGACACUUGCAACAAAACACUGCAUCGUUAGCACGACUGAGCCAGUCGAAGCCAAACCCCUCCGUAGGUGCUUCCCAAAUUUAGUUUCAGAUUGUCCGAGUAACUUCUAUGAUCAACGAAUCCGAACGCUUUGCCAGAGGUAUCAGUCCGUCAUAGCAGCAAAUGGCAUAUACUACAGAAACAAGUACUGCGCCCAGUGUAACCUUGGUGUCGAGGUCCGGUGCAACAUUGUGAGGUACGAUCCAUCUCGCAUCAGGUUCUACUCCCUAAGGAUUGUGGCUGAUUUCUCGAAAGGAGACUAUUACGUCAUUAAUCAUGAAGGUGAAAGGUCAUUGGGAUUUCCACCUUGUCCGAACCAGGAUCAGAUCUUUGACAUCUUUCUUGAGAAAUGCCGUGUAGUGAACUGUGCUAAAGGAUACCUUACGCCCUUCGGUGACUGCAUCAAGAUUCCUUCGACGAUCCCGACAUCUUGUGGACCAUUCAAGAACAGGAAGAGCGUCCGUAUCGACACACAGCUUUCUAAUAAGUUUGACUUCAACUCCAAUGAGUGCUCUGAUAUGAUAGACUGGUGGCUUACAUGUGUUGCAGAGGUUCGGAGGGUGCGCUUGUCUUUCAAUUCGAAUGAUCUUGUUGGGGAAUGCUCCGUUGAUAACAUAUACAGAGUAGCGAAUAUAUCAAUCACCGCAAGGAAUAAUAGCGACCCAAGGGUGUCGGCUUCGCUGAUGAGUCUCAUUGAAACAUUCAAUUCACAGCUAGAAUUGCAGUCAAUGCCAUGUCACACGCUAAACAUAGAUUUCCAGCAGGGGUGUUUGUCUCUUCAUCGGGACCUCAUCGGUGAGGGGAAGUGCCGAGACGUGACUAUGAACUCUUCCCGAUCAGUCCAAUUCAAUGUUACUGGAAACCAGACGCAGAUGGCGACGAAUCUCAACGUUAACUAUCAGGGGAAGAUUCUUCAGAACUUGAUAUAUGUGACGAGUUUCACAGAAAUAGGCACCCAGGUACAUACGAGACAGCGAGUUAUGGCAUGUAACCGUUUGGCAUUGGAUCAUGUGCCUUGCCCCGUGGACUCGGCUCCUUAUAGUGAUUUUAUCGUAGUGCCUAUGAAGAAUGGGAAGGAACGACUAAAAUACCUGCCAACGGAAAAGGUCAUCAAGGCUAAUCAAUACGAGAUUACAGCCAAUGGAACGGUCUUAGUGUGCCAUGGUGUCCUCGGGAACAUCUCAGCAUCCAUUGCCGAGGAUAGGAUACCUAUCUUCAGUUUCUCAUCGGCAGAAAUCAUGGUGAGCUGCUUCGGGUUAGGACUAUCUCUCAUUAGCAUGCUCAUUACCUUCACCACCUAUUUGGUCUUUCCUUCCAUGAGAAACCUUCCCGGCAAGACCGUCAUGUCACUAAUCGUCGCUCUCUUCGUAGGUCAAGGACUGUUCCUGUUUGGGGUCGGAGAGACACGGAACGACACCAUCUGCACUGUCAUAGCCAUCGUACUGCACUACGCCUGGCUCAGUGCCUUCACCUGGACAAACGUCCUCGCAUUCCACCUGUCUCAGAGCCUAGGUACCAGAGCAGGCUCUAUGCGGAAGCGUUUCGCGAUGGGCUCCCAAAUCUCUAAAACAUUCCUUUUGUACUGCGCCUAUGGCUGGGGCGCCCCUCUCAUCGUCGUUCUAAUUAGUGUCGCUGUUGAUCUCUGGAGCAAUGCGAAUUUCCAUUAUGGGACCAAAGCGAGUUGUUGGAUUACUGGAGGUCUUGCAAACCUCUUGGCCUUCGGCGCACCCGUUGGUUUGACGUUGCUGGUCAACGUUGCUAUGUUCACCAACAUUGUAAUUGGGUUCCUGUCAAGAAGAACACCGUCUAGCGGCCUGGACGACGAGAGACGGAGGAGAAGAAAAAGCAGGAGAGACACCAUGGUUUCGUUUAAGAUCGCCUUAUUAAUGGGUUUCACCUGGCUUUUCGCCUACAUCGCCGCCUGGGCAGCUAUCACCGUUCUCUGGUAUGUCUUCAUUUUAUUAAACAGUCUUCAAGGAGUCUACAUCCUUACAGCAUUCACCUGCAAUAGAGGCACCUGUAAACUCUGGAGCACAAAAGUAAACAGAUUCCGAGAGAGAUGUUCCAAGAUGGCCACACGUACUACCCACAACUCGAGUGGUCAUCACCGGUGCAUACGAGAUGAAGGGAGUCGAGAUGAGCUGAGCGGUGACAUCUGUCAUGCGGAAGAAGCUAUGGAAGAAAGCAAAGGUCAUGAGGAUGCAGAUCAUAACGCGGACAUUGAUCCAGUUCCUGAAUUAUCGAUCACACCGGUAUGAAACUCGACAGGCUUGAUCUGCCUUUAAUUCAUAGAUCGAGUGGCGUUGCAGAUUAAUGGCGAUGAACCACCAAUAUGACUGUUGCCCAAACCCAGGGACGAUCGACUCGCUGGUCAGGUCACAGCUAUAGUGAGGGGAAAAGUUUUGUGAGGUGUCAUCUGCUUAGGGUCCAACACCCGUACAAUUUCUUUGUAUACCAAUGUCAGGUAUAUUAACAUUCACCUUGAGAUAGACAUCCCCGAGUUAAUGGUGAAAAAAGGGCGAGUGGCGCUGGAAGUGUACUCAAUAUCGGCUGCAGUCGUCACAUGAUGAUGGUGACGAUGGAGAGAAUGGUGAUCGAUGAUGACGAGAAUGAUGACAAUGAUGAUACACGAACUAGUUCAUGAUCCUUAUGAAGGGGUAUAGAAAGAACAGGAUUGGAAUACUCUGAAGACUAACUUUACAUAGCGGUGUCAUCAAAACUCGCAGCUUAUAAAGGACAACAGAUCUGCUAUCUGAAAGAUAAAAAGCAAUACGACUCUUUGGUAAAAAUAUAAAGAACCUGUAUCACAAGAGCUGAUAACGACAGUUAAGAGUAAGACCCUGAAUCAUUAUAAAGGAUAUACAGUUAUGAAAUAAUGAUGAAGAUCAUUUUGUAGAUCUUGUGUUCCAGAGGGGCUUUUGAAGACUCGGUCGAGUUGUCAACAUCAAGUACAAGGAGAAAAUGAAAUAAGCUCUUCAGACAUUGCAAGAUACACUGAGAUGAAGCUCAAAUCGAAACUGAAUUUAAAAUGAAGAUGAAGUUAUAUAUUUUAAUGAGAUGAUGAAAAAAGAAAGUAACGGACGCCUUUUAGUAUAGCGUCCAUGAAAAUGGAGAGAAUCUUCUAGACAAAAAUUAUCGUCGUGUGAAUUAUUUCCGUCACUUUAGGCUUAUUCCUGGGUUAAGAACUAUCGGUAUACGUAGUUUGCUAUCGAAUUCAUUCAAAAUAUGGCGACUUCAGUCUCGAUCAGUCUAAUUUCCUUUUAAAACAGUAUUUGAAUAGUUAACCACUAUUGGAAACUUAAUUGCUCGUAAUAUUACGGGGGAAAGACAACUGGAGGGGUGUACGCCGACUAAAAACUGUGCCAAGUGGAUGCUACAAAAGUCAGUUUCUGCUUUCACCCAAAUUAAAUUAAUGUAAUAUGUUUAUGGUGUGAUAUAAUCCAUAGUAUCUAGUGGCUCUCCAUAAAGAUUGAGAUAAAACCAAACAAACAAAUGUGAAAUGUGACGAAAAAUUUAUUCGGGUGUCCGACAUAAUGGGACGUAUUAUUUGCCGACAGGUUUAAAUUACAGAAUACUUGAUGUUUGAAACUUAUUAUGUUCUACAAGGUUUUCAGUCUCUACAAAUUGAGGUUAAGCAAAGGGUGUUGGUGUACUCAGAAUUUGUUAUUAAUUUUGUUUGAAUGGGGAUGGUCACACCAGCCCUUGAAACCACUUUCUCUUCUCAAUCUGUCCUUCGGCAACGUCCCCGAUUAGAUGCCAUAAUUCCCUCCAAUUAUGAUAGUGCUGCUGAGAAUACACUUUAUAUAUUUGUUGACAAUAUAAUGACCUUUAAUCAAUAUGACUACAAAAGUGUGCUCGUGCAACUAAGCAGCUGAAAUUCUUCACUUAUAAUUAUAUUUCAGAUACAUGUAUAUGACACAAAUUUCACAUGUUAUAAUUAUGUUAGAAAAGGCUAACCAAAUAACCUUGAACCGGUUUUUAAAGCAGCCCAAACCGAAGUCAUGUUAUCAGUCAAAAACGAUUGGAAACAUUAAGUUUUUAUACCGCUAGGUCUCAAUAAUACACAUCGAGCAGUAAUUCGUCAACAUUUGAAUUAACUUUAUGGAUAUAAAUUUAUUCUAUUGAAAUUGUGGAAUUAUUCUAAGCAUUAAAAUCAUCACGAAUAGAUCAACUGUAUUUGGAUGGUGUGUAUACACUUUUUCGAGUCUUAUAGUCCAGUGUUGUAGAGCCUUGAUGAUCGGCCUUGGCGCCAAAUUUCGCCAAAUUUCGCCAUGCCUUGGCCCUGGUCUUGGAUGCUUUAGCCUUGGUCUUGAGGGUUCAAGCCUUGGUCUUAGCAUUGGUCUUGAUCUUGUUGAGGGUUUAUGCAUUGACUACGACACUGUUAUAGUCGCGGUCUUAUUUAUAUAACUAGAUUACUAGUUAGAAAACUGUUUGCUUUUUUAUUUGCCUUUAAUAAAGGUACUGCCUACCUUUGCUUAUAAUGUUAUACAAGGGCAGAUGAAGCUGAAUAUAAUAAUUAUGAACGUCAUUCAAAUAAAUUCACCUGUAUAUGUGGUUGUAUAUAUUGAUUUAUAGGAUUAUUAUGUAAAUAUUAAAAAGAUAAUUAAGAGAAAGAUAUUUCGUGAUGAUUUAAAUUGUAUUCGCUUAUCUGAAUGUCUAAGUGUGAUUUAUGAAGCUACUCAUACCAAAGGAAAGGAAUAAAUCCCACCAACUAGAGAGAA